CAGGUGUCAUGAUUUUUUCUUAUAAGUAAUAUUUAUCGACCUGAAACUUCGACGAUCGCCAUGAGUUUUACAUUCAGCGAACAAAUAGCUACGUUGUUCGCCCUUAUCCGACCUGAAGAUGAGCGAAAUUUGGAGCGACUGUUUUUCAAGACGGGUAUCACUGAAUGGAUGCUUGGUAGCUUGGAUGAACUCCGCAACAAGUGGGUGAACUCAUUGCUGCCACACGUGUGUUGGUAUUCAGAUUACCACCCAAAAGGUAGAAAAAUCACACGUUAUGACUUCGAGAAAUUUUCCGUCACUUUUAAUGAUGGAACCGAAAUGCGCGUUUACGUUGACAACUUCAUCAAGUACGCUGAAGAAAAGGGACUGAGAAGCUUCCUGAAUAUACAAGUACUUCUUGCAGGCUUCUUCAUGCCAACUGUAGAACGUCCUAAACUAAUCCUCUACCCAACGGCCACCUGUGAAGAAAAAAUUAUUGAAAUUCAAAAGGAAUUAAGGAAAGCCAACAUCUUCAUCAUCGUGAUGGCCACUCGCAACGUGAAGGACUUGAUAGAGGACGCCGCACUGCAUCACAAAUUCACUUUCCGCAGCCGAGAAACUCUAAUGACCGAUUUGGACAAGCGAUUGGUGAUGAUGGCCUCGUGGAACACAUACUUCAUGGUUCUUAAGUUCAUGAUUAAAACCUUACAUAAAAAUUGUCCCUCACUCCAGGCCAUAUUGUUAAUGAUUCACCGCCCCAUCCUAAGGAGGUUCAUCUUGCAUUUGCUUGUAAGGCAUUUCACGCAGGCAUAUUGCGCGUCGUCUCCGGAUACUGAUAUUUGUGAAUAUCUUAUCGAUGUUGGUGAGCUGCUGAUGCUUAAUCUGCAUAAAAAACUGAGUCGUGAGCUGAAUACGGUGAGAGGAUAUUGUAGAGAACCUUUUAUAGCAUUGUUGAUUAUUCAAAACAUAAUCGCGACCAUCAGAUUUUCAAUAACUGCGUCUGCUCGGACUUAAAUAUUUUUCAUGGGUAACUUUACUGUUUUUCUUGAAUUUUAAAGGCUUCCUCCACGUGUUAAGAAUUGUAAGAAGAAUUUGUCUCGCGUCUAUCAUUAAUUUUUUUAUACUUUUUCUUCUGAAAGGACUAAAACCUAGUGCGUCUGGAACACAAUGCAGGUUGCUUGUAAAUUUUACAUUCUAACGCAAUCUUGAAUUUGACAUAAUAAAUGUAACUAAUCUAUGAAUGAAUGCGCAUCAAUGUAGAACGGUUAACAAAUUUAAACCAAAUAUGCUGCGCUGAAAUUUUUGGAAUAAUUAAAAUUCUAUAGUUGUUCGUUGCGAUCUCGUUAGCUUAUCGUGAAUAACGUGGCUGCUAGAUAGUUUUGCAUUUUUUAGCGCAUCGUUAAUGUUCUUCAAAUGAUAACAGCGCGGUAAGAUGUUCUAGCCUGGUGAAAUGUUCUCAUCGUGUUUUUAGCUAAGACUGUAAUGAUAUUAGUUUUACUAACUAUAAAUCUUACACGUUUUCCUAUGUUUUAGCAUGUGUUUAAUCUAAAGACUGAAUAUUUUUUACAAAAGAUGUGACUAUCGCUGCACGUACGUAAAUAGCGAUUUUUAACUUGGUAAUACAUAUGUCAGAUCGCUUUGCACAGAAGCUU